UACUAUUAUUCAGCUUAAUUUUCUAGCUAGCUAGCAACCCAAUUAAUUCUUCAUGUAUAAAUGGGCCAUUCAACCCUCACUCAUGGAUUAUCCGCCUCCUCUUGCAGCAGCAGCAGCUUGUUUGAACCCUUCCCCCUUCCACGAUCACUCAUCUCAUUCUCGGUUUGGGUUGUCAGGUUUACUGAUCUUGACGAUGGAUGCUGGUAGAAGGUCUAGCAGAGCCAAGUACGAGUGCUUGCUCUUUGAUUUGGACGAUACUUUAUACCCCAUGAGCUCAGGCCUCAACUUGGCUUGUCGCAACAACAUUGAAGAGUUCAUGUUGCAACAGUUGUAUAUUGAGGAAAAUGAAGUCUCUCGGAUGUGCUUGGAGUUGUAUAGGGAAUACGGCACCACAAUGGCUGGUCUAAAGGCUGUGGGUUAUGAAUUUGAUGACGAUGAGUUUCAUGCGGUUGCUCAUGGUAAAUUACCCUACGCCGAGGCUUUGAAACCAGAUCCACUGCUAAGGAACCUUCUGCUUUCUAUGCCUCAGCGCAAAUUAAUCUUCACCAACUCCAACAGAGAGCAUGCGGCAGAAGUGGUGAAGAGGCUGGGUCUGGAAGAUUGCUUUGAAGGUGUUAUAUGCUUUGAAACUCUGAAUCCCCUUCCUCCUCCUCCUCCUGCUUCUGCUGCUGCUGCUGCUGAUGAUGAUGAUAUUGAUCGUCAAGUGGUGGUGGCCGGCAGCUCAUCCUCAUCCUCGUCCACCACCUCCCCAAUACUCUGCAAACCCUCCCUCCAAGCAAUGCAAGCUGCCAUUCACAUUGCAAAUAUUGACCCAAGCAAAACACUUUUCUUGGAUGAUAGCGCACGAAACAUUGCAAGUGCAAAGGCAGCAGGACUUCACACCGUUAUUGUGGGAAGGUCAACGGUGGUUGAAGGAGCAGAUCAUGCCCUGAGUAGCAUCCACAAUAUCAAAGAAGCACUCCCAGAAAUAUGGCAAGCCGAAGAAGAAGAAGAAGAAGCAACCGUCGCCGCCACCCCCGGAGACCAAGUCAUCAUUCAAUCUAAUGCUGCCGCCGCCGCUGCCGCCGUUCAAGCUACAGUCUUCGCCUAAUUAUUAACUAUUUUCCAUUUUCAUAUAUAGCUAUAGAUACCCUAGCUAGCUCCCAUUCACACACUACUGUUGCACUAUACAUUUUUAAUAAAUCAGGUUUGCUAUUUCUAGCACCACAAAGAGUAUGUAUGUAUGUAUAUAUGUAUAUGUUUACACCCACCACCCCAGCUAUAUAAUUAAUGUUCAUGUGUUAAUUACUCUACUAUUUGGAAUUAAAUAUUGCAGUUCUU